CUUCAGGGAGGCUUUGUUUGCCCCGUUUAAAAUUAUCAUACACCAAGAACAGAAGCUUCUUUCCGCAUUUCUGGGUCGAAUAUUGCGAAAAUCUUCGAAUAUGGGUCGCACAAAGAAUGAUGAUGGACAGGUGAAGCGCAGACGUCGCAAGCCCAAGGAUGUCAACAAACCAAAGCGAGCAUUGACUGCUUACUUCUUGUUUUUGGCUGACUGCAGAUGCAAGGCGAAACUUGCCGGGCGAAAUAUCUCACGAAUUGCAGAGUUUACUAAGGAAUGCUCAGAGGAGUGGCGUUCUUUGGCGGACAAUGAUCGCCGUCGCUAUGAAGAACAAGCUGCCAAAGAUCGGGCAAGAUAUGAUGCAGAGAUGGCUCAGUAUAAAGGAAAGAAAUGUGAGCCUGGUAAACCAAAGAGGGCCAAAUCUGGGUACUUCUUUUUCUUGGAUGACUUCAGAGUCAUGAUGAAGGGCAAAAACAUAGACCACAAGGAAAUCUUGAGGAAGGCGGGUGAGGUGUGGAGAGGAAUGUCAGAAGAUGACAAGAAAAAGUAUGAGAAGAAGUCCCAGGAAGAUCAGAAGCGCUAUGAGAGGGAAAUGGUGGAGUUUCGCAAGGGCGGAGCGGCAGCUGUGAGCAAGAUGAAGGCGGCGGCCGAAAAGAAUGGCCAGGCAGAAGAAGAGGAGGAAGAGGAUGAUGAUGAUGAUGAUGAAGAGGAAGAUGAUGAAUAGAUAGCUCUGAUUGGGCAACAUUUUACCGUAGACAUGUCUGAUUGGACAGUUGAAACUUGUCUGUCAGUGUAGACUGCUGCCAUUGGGUGGUUCACUUAUAAUUUAAAUACUGCAAGAGCGCUUCGCCGAAUGGCCUGUACAAUUUGUCACCUGGAAAUGACCUAAUGAAAAUGCAUGACCGUGCCAAAUGUCUUUUGUGAGAUGAUAGGUUGGCAUCAUGUUUAUACCAUGUCGUACAAGGCUUCAAUAACUAUUAACCUUGUCCAUGUAAACCUCAGAUGUUAUGGGUUCAGGUUAAAAUGUCAGCGGAAAACUUGUCUUGGAAUCUCGCAUCUCAACAUUGAGUUGUCAAAGGUACCUCAGGGGCAUUGUGCCAUAAGGCUAUUUUUCUUUCUAAGGGUGAUAACUUGAUGUAUGGCCCGUCUGUGCCAAUUGGUAAUACCAUCUUCUGAAGCAUGGAAAGAAUGACCUGAUUCUGUGAACAGUGUCAAUUCAUCUGACAUGAGGAUGCAAUUUUCAUUAGGUUAGUUUUGAUGUAUUCAAAUGUUCUAGAUGUUAGCUGGGAUUUUUUCGUCUAGUAAACCAAAGGGAAGAGUGACAGAAAGAUAUUUGAUGAAUUUUUUUAUUAUGAUUAUUGAUUCUUUUUUAUUUAAGUCCGUCUGAAGACUAGUGUUGUGGUAGUAAAGAUCUUUGGAAGAGAACAGUAAUAUCCAUUAGAAAAAUGACCAGUGCUGAACAGUCAAUGCAGAAUGCCAAGUCUGACCAGACCAUUUCACUCCAUUUGUAAUGAGGCAAGGUUUGUUGGUAUUUACUUCAAAACAAAAUCUCCUUGAACUUGGUGUACUGUAAAUAAAACACAGUAGAGGAAUUGACAUUCUAUAGUUAAUGUUCACAGGAGGAUUUUCAGUGUAUAUGAAAUGUUAGCAGUGUAGACUUGGCUUGUAUUUUUAGGCGAAACAUAGUAAUUGGCCCAUUUUCCUCCAGCUAAAAUAAUUCCCCCAUUUAUGUACAUGGUACUUCACGAUCAGCAGUUUUCAAGUGGAAAAUGAUGUUUCCCUGCAUGUAUGUAUGUAUGUGUGUAGAGUUAUUAAUGACUAAUUUUUUUUAUUAGGUUUUUAAUAUUUUACUUAGAAUGAAUAUGUAGUCAAAGACAUAAGUUUGUUUCAUAUCAUUACUAGUAUUCGUACAUAACCCUCCAUAGCUUCAUCUGUAUCAUUUAUUGUGUUCACCUUACUGUUACUUGUGCUUUUCAUCUGAAUAUAUUUGAUCGUUUGCAAAAUUUAUCACACUUUGAUUCAUGGCUGCUUAUUUUUCUGUGAAGCCCAUCUUUGUUACAUCAUCAUGGUUUGUGACAACUGUUAGGAUCUGUCUAUCACUGCCAUUUAAAGGCAGUGUUUUAAUAUCAAUUGUACAUUUUCCUUACUCAACAUUUUAUCGUUUUUUUUUUCCCAAAAUUUUUAAAAAUAUUUUCUGCUUUUUAUGUGCCUCUGAACUUCUUCUGUUUCAAGAAGAAAUAUACUUGUUUUUAGAAAGCUCUUCGUGCAAUUUCAGACAAGUGAUAUAAUAAGCACACAUUUAAUUGGAAGGUCAGUACCAAAGUUACCUUUGUCUUCAGUUUCAUUGUAUACUUCUGGUUACAGUCUUGAGACUAAGCAGUUGUAAUUCAAUCGUAAUUAUUUUCAACAUGUUAACAGUGGCGGAUUGUUUCCAGAAAGAAAUAUUUACCUGUUCUAGUAACUUCAAAUUUUAACUUGGUUUUAAAAUUCUUCUGGCAGCAUCUAAGUUAAUGGUUUUUGUUUUUUAGUCUUAUGUGUGUCAUUUGUUGCUUUUUUUUAUUAUUAUCAUUUUUUUUAAGACAUUCGCUUAAAGGCUUCAUAUACAUGUAACUCAAAGAUUUCCCACCAAUCACCUCAUGCUUUUGUCAUUUUCCAUUUUGUCAAGGUUUUUAGCAGUCAAGACAAACCACUGCUGUUAUGUGCCAUGUGUCCAUCAUUAGCCAGUAGUCGUGUAGCAUAAUGUUUUUAUACCUCCGAUUCCAAAGAGUGUCCUGCCAGACAGUUUAAUCGAUUUUGUUAGUUUAUUGACCAAGAACAUCAUAUCUAUUUUGUUUGAAGCCAGUGUUUAUUGAUCAAAUUAACAUCAUGAACAAUGUUGGGAAAAUUCUCUAGAGUCUAAGAGAUCAACCUACGAGUACAAUAGUAUGUAUUUCUGCAAAGUACACCUUAAGCCUGGCCUUCCUCACGCACAAGAUCACCUAUAAAUCUGAUCUUUAAUUCCUGCUGAAUAGUGCUUUACAUCUUUUGGAUGCUGAGAGAGAAAGCAGUAGUGUUGUGUUCCCCAAUCCAAGCUGGUAACCACCAGUCCAGCAACACCUCUCGGGCACAGUGCUGGAAUGCACACGUGACUUGAGUGUGUAAGACUGUGGACAGGUGAGAACAGUCCAAAUUACGCGUCUUGCAGACAACCCGUGCUAAUUGCUCCAUCGCACUCAGAUUUGCUGCUCUCUCUUGUAUCCAUUAUUUUAUCUGAUCACCACCAUCCCAGACAGAGGAACUAGCAUAUUUUACAGCAGAAAAUGGCCCUGUAAUGGUGUGAGGUGUUUGCCCAGAGUGCAUGUGUUUUGUUUUUGCACCUUGAUGGACUGCAAACCCCAGAUUUCUUACUAAGAACUACUUACUUGCUAUGAUGCAUCUAGUAUUCAGGUAGUUGUUAGGUGGUUGUGGUCCAGAUCACCAAUGUACAAAGCAGGUCUGAGUGUGUAGGAUACAGCCUGAUCCGAAGGAGACUAUGCAUGUAUAUGGCUUCUUUGUCAAUGCCAGACUAUCAUUCUCAAGGGCUAAAACUAAAAGGGUGAAUGUCUGGAGUCCUUGUGUACAACUAAGUUGUAAAAUGUCACUUACAGACCAACCUGUAGCUUUAUACAACAAACAGUUGUACUUGUAUGUACAAAUCAUUGAGAAGACUUCUCUUUUCAUCAGCAAUUUUACGCAGUCCAUUACCUGAUAUGAAGUUUGUCCAAAUGUAUUUGUUUAUGUAUGUCUUUUUUGUCUUUUUGUUGGCAUUUAUUGUUUUUGACUUGAAGUACUUCCAAUCUUUAACAUUAUACAAUAAAAAAAAGGUAUUAAUACCA